CAUCCUGGCUCGUCAUAUGAUUUCUCCUAAGGGAUAACUGCUGAGCGGGACCGUGUCUCCAAGCUGAUCCUUUGCUGAUAAGCCGGCUGCCAAGCCUUCAGUGCUGAGACAAAAGAGUUUUUCUCGUCCCAGCAGGUUUUUCUGCUGUGAAUGACAGAGAAAGGGGGAAAAGUGAGCUGCCUGGCACUGUUCGUGGGCAAGAGGCUUUGGGGGCUCCUUCUCCCCCGCUGUGCUGGCAGACCAUGGAGCUUUUCAGGCUGAGCCUGAGCUGUAUUUGUCUUCUUCCUUGGCUUGAGGUAGCAGAGGGACAAGGCUUCCUCAUACGGAACACCCGCCUGGAAAAGUGCAUUCGUGUCUCCCUCCACAACACCAACAGCAUCAGCCUGACCAGCUGCAAGGCACAUUCCCAGCAGCAGCAGUGGAGCUGGGACCCCAACAGCAGGACCAUUGUCAGCCUCCAAACGAAGCAGUGCUUGUCGGCCCACAAGGCGCGGGAGAACGCUGUGGUCAAGCUGGAGCCCUGCGGAGACUGGGAACGCCAGGCAUGGUCCUGCAGCAAGAAGGGGCACUUGACUCUGCAGAGUCUGGGCUUCCACCUCAGCACUCAGGAGGGAGGCCACAAGGUCUUUGUCUCAAAGGAGAAGGACAAACUCAGCAGGUGGAAGACUUUAGCAGAUGAAACCAUCUGUGCUGCUGCCCGGACAGCAGCUCGGAGGCCCAGCAAGCCAACACAACAAGAUGUAGACACACAUGUGUGGAUCUAUGAAACUAAAACCAUUGAUUCAUCAAAGAUCGAUGCCGUGGACAGAGAGCCUCCUGUGAUCUUGACUGACCCACCUCUGGCUAACAAAUGGAACAGCACAGUGUCUCCAGUGAGGACCAGACAGGCACAGCUCCCAGCAAAUGAGGAUGUAUCCCAGAAUCACUCUAAGAAGCAUGGAAAUCGAGGGAAAAACACUGGGGCCAGGCUUGCAGGCACCAACUGGAAGACAGCCAUGCUGGUCCUCAGCCCCUUGGCAUUCAUACUGGGAUUAAUAAUACUGACACUCAAUGUUCACUACAACAAGAAGAAGAAAAUCCUCUCCGCCCUGAAGAGCUCUCCAGCCAACAGCAGCAGAGUUGACCUACGGGAGCCAACUCCCUUACGAAGGGGUCCCCAGCCAUACCUCCCACCAUCCCGCUCCCCUUCCCUGAGGCAUGGAGAGAUCCUCAUCGAGUGGAAAGACGGGACAGUCACUCCUCUUUUUGACAAUGUCAGUUAUCAAAUGGACUAGCUUCAAAGUAACAGAGCUGUUGUUCCACCCUGUGUCACUCUUCCAACCAGGAAGAAUGCCACCACGGCCUUUCUGCCCUUGCUGUUUCGACAGUAAGCACUGUUUGGGGUUUUUUGGGUUUUUUUGAACACUUGAGUACAAUCUCCUUGCACAGCACAGGGUUGAAGCAAGCAGAGUAGAUUGAUUGGUUUGUAGAGGCACAUGCUGCUUAGCAGUUCCAGAGCUGCUUUAACCCAUAACAAAGCCCAGGUUUACCUAAAUGAAGCUGGGACUUUCACCAGCUGCAACUGCUCAUUGAACCAAAAUUCUAGAUUACUGAGCACAUGAACAAGUAAAUCUUUGAAGAUAAGGUAUAAGAGAAAAAAAUGAAAUCCUGAUGAUCCAUAAAUUCUUUUUAAGAUAAAACUAGCUGCCAACAGGUACAGGAGCCUGUCGGUUAUGUUGUCAGUGUGAGAAUAUAAUUAAUAAGCACUACUUUCAGGACUCAAAAAAUUAUAGUCUCCUCCGGAUAUCUGCCAAAAUACUCACCCCCACUAAGCUGUCAAUUAAGUAACAGCAAGCAAUUUUUCUAACUUAAAAGGCAGCAGUCCAUUGUCCUCUCUGCAUGUCUGCAAGAGCCCUGCUGAGAGAGCAUGUGUCUCUCCAAAUACUUCCCUAUUUAGGAUGUACAAAACCUUAUUAAAACACACAUCCUCUUUUAUUAAAUAGACUGGCAGGUAACGUCGGUCAUGCUUGUUGGGGAUAUUGCAUAUAGAGCCACGUUAUACCAGCUUCAGUCUCUGAUCUCCUAUAAUCACAUGAAAUAGUCAAUGAACAGAUAUAUUGCUCCCAUCAGAGCAGUAAUAUAGUUUGGGGUUUUUUUCUAUGCAGGAGUUAAGACACUGUUUUCAGCCUUUACACUUCUUGUUUGAGCGUAAUUACCUGUGACUGUCACACUCAGUUCUGGCCUUUUCUCGGUGAAACUUGCAAUGUCUUAGUGCUUUCCUAAUAUUCACGAAUUUAUGCUUUUCUUCUCUCUGAUUUUGAGAUGAUGUAAUCAUAGCUAGAAGUCAGGAGUUACUUGGACAAAGAAAUACUAACACCAGGAAAUUACAGGUAUGAGCUGUGUCAGUGUAUUCGUUCAGCAGAGCAAGGAAAACCAUAUCCUCAUGUCUCUUACUAGAACAACUCUUUUCACUUUACCUAAAUUAGGUUGUUCUGCUAUUUCAGUGUAGCUUGGACUGAGUUUGACUUUAUUUAACCUAUGGCAGAAAUAAGGUUCCUCUAGGGAAUUUAAAGUCUCUUCCUUUUUUAAAUUUUUCUUUUUAAAUAUAGAUCCACAGCUUGGUAAAAGGUUUACUGCCAUGAGAUACUAUUACAAGCAAAAACUUAACUGUUCUCAAGGAAGAAAAUAAAAGCCCUAUUGGGUUCAGAGCAUGAAAAUUGCUGAGGUCAGAAAUAAAUGUCUUCCCCAGGCAUAUUAUUCCUUAAUUAUUUACUGGAGGGUUUCCCAGAUGCUCCUUGGAAAAAUAAUUUACUACUAGACAUGGGCAGAGGAAGAACUCUUUCUUCAGCAGUGAUCAAGGGACACAAAAAAGAAUCAGAGUUAAAUUCUGACAGAGUUAAAUGUUUCCACUUUAAAACAAAUUCAAAGACUUUGGGGUCAAGGUUUCAAAUGUGCAAGCAUCAUUUUACUUAGAAAAUUUGUGGGAAUGUAUUCUGUACAUAAAUAUCUCAAAAUGCACAAGAAGUGCCUCACCAAUUAUCACAGUUACAUCCCUUAUACCUUCUUCUACCAGAGUCAAGAUGCCUGCCUUUGAAAUUUAGUCCAAGGAGCACAUCACCUCACAGUGCACAGCACCGGUCACCCUCCAAAAUCUGCACACACUUUGGGAACACUGAGUAAGCAGUGCCUUUAAAAGAGAAAUACUGGCUUGGAGUUCAGCUCCUAGCUUUCCAAAACAACAAGUACAUAUGUUCGUUACUGCUGAAUGGGCAGAACCGAUGACUUGUUAAUGACUCUCUGUAACUCGUACUUAAUAUGCUAAUCUUGCUCAUAAACACGAAGGCAGCAACACUAUUGUUUACACAGCACUGAUUAAAUGGUAGCUCAAACAGUAAUGAAAAAACAAGACUGAAGCAGCACAGGCUUUUAACUCUUCUCUCACCCUGUCUGUAGGUUUUUGUUAUUUCUCACUAGUUUACUCACAUUAGAUGCUAGAGACCAAAUGUUGCCAGGUAUGGACAGAGGAACUGAAGGUGUGAGUCUUCAUCAGGAGAGGUCUUAGAAAGAACAUUGGCCAAACAUACAUCAGGAAAGACUCCAAAAUAGCUGAUUCUGCCAUGGGGCUGGACCUUGUGACAGUGGGAUUCACCUUCCAUCCUCUGGUUCUGAAGUUAGCUGAGAAACACUCAGAUCAAUCGCACAGCCUGUGUGCUUCCACUUCUGCGACUACCAGAGUGAAAUGCUUCUGAACAGUGUUCAUAAUCAAAAUAAAACUUGACUGUAAAGUGGA